AUAUGCGACCAUGAUUAACGUUAUUUCAUCCAACGAAUGAGCUUUGACGAUACUGCAACGCGAGAAUAACCUUUACUGAAGUCGCUGUGGCGGCGACUCCAGCCGCCCACAUUUAUGUCUCCCUGUCCUACAACUAGACAGGGUUUGUAGUAUUAUUAUUAUUAUUAUUAUUAGUGAUCCGGUGGAAACGGACGGCUCGUAAAAUGGGAGGUAAUGGCAGCACGACUAGGAAAGUGUCCUUCGGACUGGACGAAGACGAGAAGGUCGCAGUAAUUGAAGGAGUGAAGCUCUCAGAGGAUGUGCUCCGGCGGAUGAGGGAAUCAAAGGGGUCUGACAGCGCCAAGCUACCACCGGCGACCUCAGACAGUCACAAACCACCACCAAGUCCAAAACCCUCCACUGCAGAAAAACAGGAAGAAAUCCGCCAAAACUUUGAGCGCCAACAGGCCCUGGUGCAGGAGCAGUUGGCCAGACUGGCCCAGAGGGAGAGAGAGACGUCAGCAGCUGCAGGCCUGGAUGAGCUGACCCCUGCCCUCAUCAGAGAGAGAGGAAGGGCCCGUGAAGAGCAAGAAAAGGCCAAGAUAGUGGCCAAACAACUGGAGAGGAAGGAGAAGGAACUGGCCAGCAUCUCCAGCUUCUAUAAAGAGCAACUAGAAAUACUAGAGAAAAGGAACCUUGACAACUACAAGCAGACGGCUGAACAGUACAACGAGGCAGCUACAAAAGCUGAGGCUCACAUACGACCUCGGCAGACUGCGCCUCUGUGCACGGAGCUGCAGGCCAAGGUGUUACAGUGCUACACAGAAAAUCCACAGCAGACCCUGCACUGCUCUAGUCUCGCCAAACAGUACAUGACCUGUGUCCAGCAAGCCAAGAAGAUUGCAGCCCAGAGGAAAACAUUCAGCAGCUGAGGAGCUCCAGCGCAGACAGGUGAUUCGCUUCUAAUGGAUGUUAAUGUGGUGGACACAACUGAGGAUAUUCCCAGUGGUAUACACUUACAGUUAAUUGAUAAUUGAGGUCUAUGAAAAGAUGCACAUUAAAUCAUGGCAAACGAGCCUGCCUAUAAGGUUGCAGCAAUUUAAAGAACAAGUCUCCAGAGUCUCUUAAGGUUUCCCACAACUGAAAUGCACUCUGAAUGAAUAAUUGAGGCCCAAAUAUUGUUAACUUGUAUUACCUUACGUAAGACAUUGCUAUUUCAAACAUGUAGCAUAUGCAUAAUGUUAUUUUGCAUAAACACUUUCACCUCCGCCAACUCCAGGUUGCUCAGUCCUGUAAUGACUUUCUUGAUGUCUCUUUAUGUUGCUGUUUGAUCAGUACCUUUCCUAAUGAGCCCAUGUGUUGAGAUGUGACUCUGAUUGGCUUGAAUUUAAUGUUUUGCCACAUUUAACAUUAAUAAUCUGCAACGUAUUUUGCUGCCCUUUGCUACUAACUGAUACUAUACUAGAAACAUUUAUCCUACAGUAAGUGCAGUUCAUGAAGGAUUUAGAAUUUUCCACAUGCAUUCCAUGUUUAUAGGUACAAAUGAUGUUUGUUUAUAUUGGCCAGCAUGUUUAAAACAUGCCCUGACUACUACAGUGCUAUCAUCAUGUAUAAUGCUUUUUUUUAGCUAUCAGUUGGCCGGGGCACAAUAGUUGAGAUCAUUAUAUUGAUAUGGCUAUUUCUUCAAAAUUAUCAUAAUGCAAAUGUAUGACAAAUCACAAAUAAAAUAAACUGAUGUUCACAUGAA